AUGCAAGGAGCUGUGAACGGCGACAGCAUUGGCCAACUCGAGAUUCUCGACUGCAACGCGACCGAAUUCUGUGUAAAGUAGGUUUUCGUCGUGUUUCCAUAGGAGAUAAGCGGUUUGCUAUUGUGCGGACAUGGUCGGUACGCACCGUCUAUUAUCUGAGGCUGAGUACCUCGCGCUGUUCCUCUGAUUUGCUCAAUGCCUUAGGCUCACCACUAGAAAAGAAAACAGAAACGAUUACGGUCGGUGUUAAAGAUUUUAUUUUACGAGGAAGCAAAGUUUGGAAAAAAAUGAUGGGUUUUUUUUUCAAACUUUUUUUCAGGAGGAGACCAAGUUUGUUUUCUAAAACUGCUUUUCUUUCGGUUUUUCAAAUUUUAAAACGUCUACUGUUAUUCACUAUAUUAUAAGAAACAUGACGAAAAAAGUUUUCCACAAAAAAAUUCAAAGAGAAUUCGUUUUUGUACCUUUCCGACAAGCUAUUUCACACCAGAUAGGUCAUUUUACUUUGCAGUUUGGACUUUGCUGAAAUUUUUCAUAACGCUCCUUGAAGUACUAGAAGAAGAUUAUAAGAUUCUCAAUCUGCUUUUCGAGAAAUGAAGGCAUAAGGCCUCAAAAUAGUCUGUUUUUUUGGAUUUUGAGGGCUUUCUGACUUUGAAGUUUUCCUUCUCGAAAACUGGAAAGCUGUGCAAGUUCCGACUAUCACGAUUUUUAUUUUGUACUUCAAAAAUUGUUCUGGCCAAUUUUUAGGAAUUUUCAAACCGCAAAGUAAAAUGACCUUCCCUGUCUGUACCCCAUGGCGUUUAGAAGAUAAUUAUUUUUUUUUUGAUUUCUCAUACUUGGGACUACUUAUCAUAAAAAUUUGAAUCAUAUUUGCGAUGCACAGAAGGUUCAUGUUCAUUUAAUUCAAAGGUAUUCAAAGUUUAUAUAAAAAUUUCAAAAAAACGUUUGUACAGCGAAAAUGGAUUUUUUUAAGUUCCCAAGAAUUUAUUUUCUUGUAUUCUUUUUUUGUUCUUUUUUUCAAAGUACCACAUUUAUAGGGUACUUUGAACUUCUACAAAAAAGAGCCUUUUAUGUUGAUAAGCCGUUGAAACGCAAUUCGACAUCACUUUGACGCAAAAAAAAGCUGAGAUGCGUGCUAUUCGAUUGUUAACAAAACUUUUUCAGACUUCCGUCAACAGGCCACGUCGGAAGGAAGCUUUACGAGGGAGCUCAAUACUCUUGCUCUUAUGGAGAAUGCUCAGUGAGUGGUGAGAUAAAAGAACAAAAAUAGAUCAGAGCGCGUCAUUCGCUUCUUCUCUGUUGCCCUUUUCGCGGCAUUCGAGAAGAAAAAUAGCCGGCUACUGUAGGACCAAAUAGUUCGGGAUUAGAAGAUUAGGCGAUGGUUGGAAAAUGUUUACUCAAGGCAGAUUAGAAACAAUGUUAAUCUUGUACAAAUGCAGGUAGUCUCUAUCGCCCUGCUUUUAGAACAAAUGUCGUUUCCCUGACUUCUUUUUAGUUAUACUCUUUGCGCCGAAUCUCGAAUACAAAGGAUGAUGAUGAGCGUCCUAUUGACUACAGUUGACUUGAAAAAGCCGGAAUAAUCGCGUCAUUUAUUUUUCCCGCUGAAGCAAAAUUUUGGAAAAAAGUGCGUUUUAAAUAUUGCUUUUCCAAGAUUUCGUAUUAACGGCAAGCUACAGUAUCUCGAAACGGCAAGAGCUUCUUUCAAAAAUCAAAAAAGGCUUCUCAAAUUUCACUGAAAAGCAAAAUAAGAAAAAAAAAUUUUGAUCUGGAAGGGCUUCUAAAACUUUCCAGCUUUCAACUUAUUUUUUGAGAACGUUUUAGAAUGGAUUUUUUUUUUGCUGUGAAACCGGCAAAACUGAUGUCCUGAGCGUAAAAAGUCAAAUUUUACAGGCUGAGGCCUUCCCAGUUUGACUCUAUCGUCAAAAAGUGAUUCAGGAAAAUUUGUAAAGUUCUCUAAAGCUUGAAAAAAGUCAUUUCAUUCAAUUAUGAAAAGGUUUUCUUAAAAUGAAAAGACAAUCACAGUUAAAAAAAAUAUAUCCGGUAAAAAUAUCAAAAACUCAUGACAAAGGUUCAAAUUGUCAAGUUAACCCCAACUUCAUGGUUUUCAAAAAUAGGGUAACGAUUCUGAUUCAGCCAGUCUACUGAUGAAAACACAACUCUAAGAACUGAAAUUUAGAAAAAUAAGCAUUUUGCAGUCUAAAAAUAGCUCAUUUGUUUAUUGCACAGGUAUCAAUGUACUUCUCGUUUUUCAGAAAGAUGGCUGCUUCAAUAGCGGAAUCGGCGAGAUUUGCUGUUGUUCAGAAGAUGAAUGCAAUUUCACACAGACGAAAAAUUUCCUCGCCUUUUAUGUCAUUCUUUUCUUGUUUUUAGCUAUUUUUGGGUACUGAUUCCAUUUUUUUUUUCCUCUCUGUCUCUCUUAUUUUUCCUGUUGUACAUGCAAAUCACCUCGUUUACGGUUUAUCAGAUUCCAUUUUUUACAGAUCAUUUCAUGUUGAUAAUGUCAAUUUUUUUCAUUGCUUUUUUUAUUUUUAAAUAACAUAUUAUGUUUUUUUGGUUCAUUUCUUCUUUUUAUAUAAGAUAAUUAUUUUAUUUAUUCGUCCGUUCAAAUUGGUCAAAGAGUGAAAAAUUCAUUAAUAAAAAUUUUUCCUUGAAAAAAAUUACAGAAAACAAAAUAUUCAGAAUGGAUCACUAAAAAAAUCAUUUUCGGGUUCUGAAGAAAUUCAUCAUUUCGCCUUUUUUUUCCCAAAAAAAGAAACAGAACUGUUCCCCUGAAGAUCCAAAGGUCCAAAAGCCGUUAAACGUAUGGAAUGUUUCCAAAAAUGGCUUUUUCGGAGCUUUUUUUGGGAUUUGAAGUUAACUUUCACAUUGUCCCAACGGUCCGAAAAAUGAGCAAGUUGACCCUACAGAAAAAAUGCCACUUUGCGCAAGUAUUUUUCCGUCGGUUGCGCUGGAACGCGUCGGUUGAAGUUGGUUUGCAACAUCAAAACUUUUCAAAUAAUCCAGAAUCCAAAAACAUCGACUGCGUGUAUUUUAAAGUUCAAAUUCCUAUUUUUCGAUUUUCCUAUGAAGUUUCAUUCACCGAGAACUUUGACGGUACAGAUUUUUUUGAGAAGGAUCUGGCCGUGUAUUCUUUUCACCGUCAGCUAUCAGCGUAUAAAAUUUUUUUCUCGAAACUUAAAAAUUUUAAAUUUUUUUCUUUCACUUCCCUGCAAUAAAAGUUGAUCAUGGUGUUUCCAGUUUUGCAAGUUAUCUUUAAUGUUUUUUUUCAAACGAAGUUACUUCGAAUUUGGGUAAUUCGGUUAUCGAAUAAUGCGGAGUCGAGCUCACCGGCGUCAAUGAAUGAACCAGUUUCCACACACCCCCACAAUCAAAUAAGCCGGCAAAAGGGCGUUCAAUUUGCGCGGACACGUUAAAAACUCCGGCAGCCUUCUCCUCUGUUCCGUUAUUCCUUGUUAUGUGCAGGAAGUGAAACAAGCUUGAGGGAUUCGGUACAAAAUAGGUUGGCGCCGGUUGCUAGGGGCGGCUCCGUCGGCCUACCUAUACCCGAAAGAGGUUGAGCUGAGCUCUCAGUCGUCUUGCUCAGCUGGCUCGGAGCACGGUCAUUCCGGCAGUCAUGACCAACUUCGAUAUCAUGGAGCACAAGGUAUGUAUUUCUUUUCCUUUAAUUGCGGGUUACUCAUCCCAAGGGAGCUUCGCGAGAGAGCCUAGCAAUUAAUCAAAAAUUGCUCGACGUUCCAAUGGAAUUCAUAUCAUUUUUUGAGACUGAAAAGUACAGUAUGAUCCCUUCGAAGUCUUCCAUUCUGAAAAAAAAUAAUUAGAUACUUUUCCUCUUUUCUCAUUCUCAUUAGUUACUCGGGUAACAAAAAUAAAAACAGAUCUUUACAUUUUCCAAAUUUUUUUAAAUUUUCCAAGUACCUUCUAUUCAACCUUCAGAAAGAAAAAAACCAAGUUGAUUUGGCCAAAUUAUUCUCAUUAUGGAUGGAAGGAUUUUUUUCAGGAUUUUUGAAUUUUUGAGUUUUUUUCAAAUUUUUCCCCCUAACAGUUUCCACCGAUAUCAAAAAAUGAUAAUACCGUUUCAGACAGGAGAUAACUUGAUAAAGGCGUCGGAAGAAGAUUUUAGACUUGUCUACGAUAGCUGGCCAGAAAACUUUGGAUGGUUAGUGUUUGUUUUUUGAAGAGGAAAACUUCAUUUUUGUCUUGCGUUAAUAAAAAUCCUCUCUUUUUCAUCCAAAACGGCUCUCGCAAUUUUCUAUUCACCACAAUAAUUUUUUCAAACCGUUUUUGCUUGAAAGACACGAUAUUUGCUAUAACCUGAAACUGUAACGAGAUUUAGAAUUUUUCGAAACAUCGCUAUUGCAUUGAAAUUGGUUCAGAGAAAAUCGGCUACUACAAUUUUUUGCGUUUUUUUCCUUGAAUUUAAUGAAACGGCUUUGAUAGCUUUUCAGACGGAGAGAAUUUACAAAAUAAAAAGUUAGAAAAAACUGCUUCUUCUGAUGAAAAAAUUUUCAGCCUUUUCGACAUGGGUUUACGAGCCUUUGAGCGUUUAUUCAGCUACCGUCCUGCCUUGAAGAAAUAUUUCAGCGAAACAGACGAUGAUGCGUGGAAAAAAGAAGACAGCAUCAAAAAAAUAGUUCUCUCUCUAGAGCAGGUGAUAACUGCAGAAAGAACUACAUUAACCGAAGUUUGCAAAGACUCUGGCGCAAGCUGUAGGAACAUAUGCGGAUCCGAAACCGGAGGAAAGCAAUACUCCGGUCGCGUUUUGUGAAGUUCUACAGGAGAUCGGGGGACUACAUCGAGCCAUCGUUCAGCAUAUUCGACCAGACAACUACGAAUUGCUCUUCAAACUUCUGCCUGAGGCAAUAAUUAAGACUGUCCUUAUUUUAUUCCAGUCUUCUUUUCUUUUUGCCAAGUUAAAUGUCGUAACGUGACAUCUUGGUAAGCCAGAGUUCUACAAUCGCAAAAAAAAAAAUCCAAAUAGACUUGUAAUUUUCCCACGUUUUAUUCUCGUUCUGGCUUCCUUCUUUUGCAGUCAAUGUCUGUGAAGUUACUUUUCCUCAUUAGUAACUUCUCACGGUUUUAUUCCCACAAGGCUACGGUGGUUAUUAAGGAAAACCAAAAAACCGAAUUCGUGAGGUUCUCACGACUUUUUACAAAGUUUAUAAGCUCAAAAGUUUGGUAAAGUACGGCCAAUGUCCUCGGAUUUGUCUUCAGAAUUUUUUUCUUGGACGUGUGCUGAGACUUUUGAUUUGAAAAACAGACCAACUAGAAAAAAGUAUGCUUAAAAAAAUCCAAUGGUUCGUGUUUUGGGCUUUCAGAAACACAGCCGAUUUUGGUGCUAAAAAAUCUUCAACAUAAAUUAUUUAUUCAUCAAAAGUCGAAAAAUCAAAACUAAAGAUGAUUUGGAAUGAGCGGAUCCAGAGGCAAACAGUUAUAGCCGAUUCACGGCUAACUUGAAACGCUAGGGAGCGUGGUAUGUCUGCGCUCUCCACCAACCAGGCACUAUCUCUUUUAUUAUCGUAUCAGGACCCUUUUUUGGUGGCUCAAAAUGACCCUGAAUCAGUUAUAAGACAUCUAGAAAACAUAAUUCUUGAAAAAUAACUAAUGUUACAGGUUAUUGCCGACGUAGUGUCAGCCAAAAGACCUUGCGGUCCAUUUCAAGGCGAGGAAAGACAAAGAUUUUUAUCCGUCUGGACCUCAAUGUGCAACUUAAUGUCGCGACAGUUUAUUAUUGGUUGGGAGAGACGUGUUGUGCCCAAAUCCGGAAAACUCAGCAAAGUAUACAGGUUUGAACAAGUGCGUACCUUUCACUUUCUUCCGGUGGUGUUGAAGCCUUUUCUUUUCUUUAUUUAAUAAGAAGGCCCAAGAGAAAUGUGUUGAUUUAAGCAAAAAGUUAGAGAAAGAGCAGUCGACGGUCCCAAAUCCGCCGGCAAGGUCGCCAAGCCCUGUAGUUUUGCCUCCGGUUCGUUAGAUAAGAAUAAUUCGGACGAAUGAUUUACUUUUUGAGGAGAGACACGAAGAGCGCACAGUACGACGGACUCCUCUGCACGCAUGCGUGAUCGCCCCAAUUUCAGGUUUCUUUCGGAGCAUUCUUCACUAAUGAUGUCAAAAAUUGCAGCCGUACGCAAAAUGAAAUGAAACAAUGGCAGCUGGAGCGCGGACAUUCGGCUCCUCUGCAAGUGACCGAAAUCGAAGUCGCCCUCGAUAUGAUCUCUAUCCAAACUACUCCUCCAUAG